UCACAGGGAAUGGAUAUCCUACUAAUAAAUGCUUUCUAAAUAGACUGGGCGACCAAUGUUAACCUGCCCCCAGUCGUCCGUUAUGGACUGGGGGAGAGAGAUGGUUGGACUGUCCUGUCUGUAAUGCUGAAAAUGUUAUUUAAGAUGUUGUGUAACUGCGGAAGCGUCGAGCACGUUGCGGGUGAAGUCAGGCGCUCUUCUCUGCAGCUGUACCGAGGUUUUCAAGGUCCUGGUCUGCUGUUUUGCUGUAACAUCGACAUGGCUGCCACAGCGCUGUUUAAAGCCCUGCGCUGUGUUCGCUCCAGGGCAGCAGCUGCCGGCGCUCUGCGGCUCUUCUGCAGCGGAUUUCCACAGACGGUCAGGGUGCUGUAUGACGGAGAGUGUCCAAUCUGCGUAAAGGAGAUCAACUUUCUUCGGCUUGUGCAGAAGAAGGCUGGUAAAGUGGACUUUGUUGACAUCUCUGCGGCAGAGUACGAUGGGAGUAGACACGGAGGGGUCAGUUAUGAGAUGGCGAUGGAGGAGAUGACUGUGAUCGACGAGAAUAAUAAGGUUCACCGUGGGGUCUCUGCUUUUGCAGUUAUGUACAAGGCAGUGGGUCUUGGCUGGUUGGCCAGGUUCAUCACUCUCCCUCUCAUCAGGCCUCUGAUGGACCGUUCAUACAUUGUGUUUGCCAGAAACAGACUGAAGUGGACUGGCCGAGACAAGUGCACAACAGGACGCUGUGCUAAGUGAGACAAAAGAGCAAACGGGGAGAUUUAAGCAUCUUAAACAACUUGGAUUUACCUCAAUACCUUUUAUAAUCUAUUGACUGCCAUAAAACCCGUUUUUCCUCAGUAUUACCAUCUUGUGGGAUUUACUAAAGUUGAAACAGAAAAAAGUAGGGCGGAAAGUAGGGCUGUGUUCAUAUAGUGAUAAGACAGUAUAUUAUGAAUAAAGUAAAUAAUUUUGAUAUACACACUGAUGCAGUCACACAUUUAUCGAUAUUCCUGUAUCAUGUAAAAAAAAAAUUAUGAAUGCAAUUUUCCCUACAUCUUUACAAAUUACGGUACCAAAAAGUGUUCUUUCCAAAAUUAAUUGAAAAUCUAAUAGUGGUUCUAAAAAUGGUCCUCAGGGACACCCAGACAGUCGCUCUAUCCAUAUGUGUUGCAAGUUAAGUUGGAGCAAAAAUCUGGGCAUAGAAGAACAACUUUUGGUUCUCUAAAAAUCCUUUUAGUGGAUAGAACUAUUUUUGUGUGUGUAUGAAGAACGUUUUUAAAAUUUAAAGAAACUCCAUGUAAUGUAAUGGUUCUAGGAAGAACCCUUAAGCAGGAACUGAACCUUUAUGUUUGAAUGUUUCUUAAUGCUCACAAAUCUCUUUCCGACAUCGUUCUUUCAUGGAAAGUAUUUCUUCGGUGGCACUUGUCAAAUAACCCUGUGUGGUGUUCUUUUAUUUAUUUUUUUUUUUUAAGUGUUUUAUAAAGGGCUCAUAUAAUUUGGUAUCAUUGAACAGAUUCGCACUCUUAAAAAUGAAGGUUCUUAAAUGGUUCUUGGUGUGGAUGUGCAGUUCCAGAAAGAUCUUUUCAUUUAUAUAGAACCUUUACAUAAUGUGUAAGGUUUGUUUUUUACUUUGAAAAAGUACUUCACACUCUUUAAAUAACCAUCAGUUGAAAGAUUGUUUAGGGUAAUGAAGGUCGCAGCCUUUAUAAUUAAGAGUACAAACCAACUAAGUGACCCUGUUGAACAAUAAAUAAGUAAAUAAAUAAUAUUGUGUGCUCUUCUCUGUUGAAAUAUCAUAUUGUGAUGCUUGUAUCAUGGUACAAAUCAUAUCGUGCAGUAGCUGCCCAGCCCAAGAUAAGAUUGAUCUGUAUUUGUAUGUGAACCAUACAAUCUUACAGUGGAAGUGUCAUAAGUAAAAUGUGAUGUUGAGGCAUGUAAUAUUGCAAAGGUGAUAAGCAUGCCACUGUAGCAAUUAGGGUGAGAUUACACUUUUUCUUAUAUUUCGGCAUAAUUAAAU